AUGGAUCUUUUGCGGGAACACAGUGCACUUGCGGCACUCCUCAACUCCAAUGAGCGCUUCGACCCACCGCGAUGCGAUGAAGACACGCGGGCGGGUAUCAUUCAAGACGUUAUGGCGUGGAUUAACAGUGACGACCAUUCGGCCUCGAUGACUGUACUCCAUGGAUCAGCAGGCGCCGGUAAAUCCGCCCUGGAACAGACAAUCGCAGAACGAUGUUUGAAGGAAGGCAUCCUCGCAGCAAGCUUCUUCUUCUCUAGGACGGCGCUUAACCGCAGCGAUGGGAAUACCUUGAUCCCGACUAUUGCAUACCAGCUAGCCCAGCUGUCCCGUCCCUUUCGACAACAAGUCCUCGAGCAGGUCGACCGAGACCCAGGUGUUUUUGAGCUUUCGCGGGAGGCGCAGAUGGAGAAACUCGUCAUCAAAUGCCUGGAAUUCCGACGACCGUCACGACUCAGGCGCUAUCUCAGAAGGCUCUCGUUCAGGACACCAGAUCCUCUAUUUCUGCAACGUGUCGUCGUCAUAGACGGGCUCGACGAGUGUAGCGGCCACGAUGUUCAGUGCGAUCUUCUCCGGAUCCUCGCGUCUACGAUCCUCAAGCUCCAAUUACCGAUCCGAAUACUCCUUGCAUAUCGCCCAGAAUCACACCUGAUGCAUACUCUAAACCAUCAUCCUGCUUUGAAAGCCAUUCCCGUCCGCCGCAUUGAUCUUGGAGAUGACCCUCAUGCGGACGCCGACAUUCACAUCUUCCUCGUCAAGGAGUUCCAGAAGAUUAAAGACACCCAUCCCCUCCGGGCUCACCUACCACCUUCCUGGCCUGGGGAGGCCGUCAUAAGCGAUCUCAUCGCAAAAGCUUCAGGCCGAUUUAUCUACAUGUCCACAGUAAUGAACUAUGUGCGAUCCCUCAAACACAACCCCGAAGUCCGACUUCAAGUUGUUCUAGGCUUAUGGCCGUCUCAGAUCUCCUCCGACCGGCCCUUCUCCCAGUUGGAUGUUCUCUAUAGCUUUAUAUUUUCUAGGGUAGAGGAUAUCGACACCGUAUUUCGCAUAUUUGGUAUUCUAUACCUCACCACCACUUCGGCCGCUGUAUUUGAUCUGCGUCUCGAGGUGACAACUCCAGCAUUUCUGGAACAAAUAUUCGGUGUACAACCCGGAGAGAUUGAGCUCGCCCUAGACGAGCUACUGUCUCUCAUAACUAUCGCAGAUAGAGGCCAGCCGAUUAAAAUUCUUCAUGCGUCGCUGUUCGACUUCCUCCUCGACGAAGACAGGUCUGGUACCUUUGCCCUUGAUCUCGCGUUGGCUCAUGAAACCCUGGCCAUCUGGAGAAGGAAAUGUAUCGACGAUAUAGAACACAAGGGUUCUCCCCCUUCUCUUUACUUCGCUAUACCCUGUUUCUAA